ACAAUGUCAAUUGUCAUUUGGUGACGCUCUCGUCUUGAUCUUGUGUUUUACGAAAUAAAAUUUUUUAACAAAUAAAUACAUAACAGAAUAUAAUUUAAAAUUAUAUAAAUGUAGAAUUGUGCAUAUUACAUACAUUUUGUUUUAAGAUGGAUAUUCUUAAAGCAGAGAUAGCUAAAAAACGUAAACUUAUUGAAGAGAAGAAUAUUUUGAAUUCAACUAAGAAAUACUUCAAGAGAGGCGAGCUUUUAGCAAAGGAGCAAGAAGAGUACUUGAAAAAGUAUGGUUUGAAACCUGAGGAACCACAAAGUGAAUCAAAAGAAGAUGAAGAAAAGGUAAAGAAAAAAGAAAAUGAAAGUGAGCAAACAGAAAGUGCUACUCUUCCUAGAACUGAAGUGGUAAAAAGAUUAAGGGAGCGUGGACAUCCAAUCAUUUUAUUUGGAGAGAGUGAAGUUCAAUCAUUCAGAAGAUUGAGAAGGAUAGAAAUUCAGGAACCUGAAGCAAAUAGAGGUUUAAGAAAUGACUUCCAAGAAGCUAUGGAGAAAGUUGAUCAAGCAUAUUUGAAUGAAAUAUUAGCAUUAGGGACAAAUAAUGACAAUGAAAAAGCUCACAAUGAGGAUGAUUUGGAUGAUUCCAUCACAUAUGAAUUUAUUCAAGAAAUGGCAAAAACUAUGGGUCAGGGUGACAGAAAUCAUGAUAUGACAGUCAUCAUGACAUUGUUGCAGUUUCUACUAAAAAUGUGGGGCCAACAAUUAAAUUCCGCGAUAGCGGCUGAAAAGAAUUCUGCAAAACAUAAAAUGGCGAGAGCGACGUACACACAGACACAAGUGUAUCUGAAACCUUUAACAAGGAAAUUAAAAAAGAAAUCCUUGCCAGAAGACAUUUGUGACAGUCUCAUGGAAAUAACAAAGCAUUUAUUAGAAAGGAACUAUAUUAUGGCUAGUGACGCCUACCUACAAAUGGCGAUAGGCAACGCGCCGUGGCCCAUUGGUGUAACCAUGGUAGGUAUCCACGCACGUACCGGCCGGGAGAAGAUCUUCUCUAAGAAUGUCGCCCAUGUGAUGAACGAUGAAACACAAAGAAAAUAUAUACAAGCUUUGAAACGACUUAUGACUAAAUGUCAGGAAUACUUUCCAACUGAUCCAUCCAGAUGUGUCGAAUAUAAUACUAUAUGUGAAAUCAAAAUGAUAUUUGACUAUUUAUUUAAGUUUCAUUUACAAGAUAUUUCAAAUAUUUUAUCUGAAUUAGACAACUUAGGUUAUUACAAUAUUAAAAUCGAUUUCAUGAAAUUAUUUGAAACAUAUCCAGAUGUUGGGGACAAGGUGCUCUGUAGUCCCGUAGAAAUUCUACCAAUAUGCAAUAACGAUAUAAUCAAAGCACAACAAACUAUUCUAGAAAGUGAGGAAUACAUCACCUUAAUUAGCCAACUAAAAUAUACGUCAUUGAAAAGAAAUGUACGAGCCAGAUUUUUUGGAUUACCUGUUUGCCCUGAGCUACAUCGCACAAUUUUUCCGAAAAAUGUUGAUAUGGGAUGUUUUUUAAAAGUAUCAGGUACAGUUGUAAGAGUGACGCAAACAAAAAUGCUAGAAUAUCAACGAAAGUAUGUAUGUAUGAAGUGUAAGUUUGAGAACUGUGUUGAAGCAGAUUUUGAGAACCGAUAUAUUUUAAGAGCUCCAUCUAAAUGUGGUAAUAAUGACACAAGGUGCAAGUGUUCAACAUUUACUCAAGUGAAUCUUGUAUCAAGAGAAUAUUGUAGAGAUUAUCAAGAAAUUAAAAUACAGGAACAAGUAAACAAGCUUAGUAUAGGUACAAUACCGGGAUCAAUGUGGGUAGUUCUAGAAGAUGAUUUGGUGGAUUGUUGCAAGCCUGGUGAUGAUGUUAAUAUAUGUGGAACAAUUCGUCGUCGCUGGCGUCCUUCAGUGCUAAACAAAAAAUCUGAAGUAGAAUUAGUGAUGCAAGCUAAUUAUUUAGAAGUGAGUAACGCUCAAAGAUCAGAAGUGAUUGCUUCAGCACCAGAUGUUAAAGAUUGCUUUAAUGAAUUUUGGAGUAAAUUUGAAGCCUGUCCAUUAAAAGGCAGAGACCAGAUUUUAGCGUCGGUAUGUCCACAGGUGUAUGGGUUACACUUAGUGAAGUUAGCGGUAAUACUAACUGUGAUAACUGGUUCAAAUCAUGCCUUUGAUGACUCUAAUGAAGUUAAGGAUGAUAAAAACGCGAUACAUGUUAGAGGACAGUGUCAUUUGCUGUUAGUUGGCGAUCCAGGUACAGGAAAGUCGCAGUUACUCCGCGCGGGUGCGGAGUUAACGCCACGCUCUGUAUUCACUUCUGGAGCUGGCAGCACGCGCGCGGGACUCACCUGUGCCGCACUAAGAGCUGGUAUAGUGUGCAAGCUGAGCACGCGGUGCGCGGUGGUGGCGGCCUGCAACCCGCGCGGACAUUACCAUACAGACGAGCCUCUCGCUGCCAACGUCGCACUCGGCACACCCUUGUUAAGCAGAUUUGACUUGAUAUUCAUAUUAUUGGACUCUAAAAACAAAUCAUGGGAUAAGUUGGUUUCGUCGUAUAUUUUACACGGAGCAUCUAACGCUAAGAAAUCUAAAACAAGAUGGACCAUUGAAAAGUUACAGGUUUUAAAUACUUUUUUUAAUGUUUACAUGCCAGUACAGUUGGACAAUUGCGAUGGCCAGUAUAAGUAUGAACUUCUGGCGCCAUUACAAAGGAAAUCUCUGAAUAGAGAUCCUUCUAGAACAACAGUUAGAAUGCUCGACAGUUUAGUAAGAUUAUCACAAGCCCAUUGUCGUUUAAUGUAUCGAACAACAAUAUUACCAGUUGACGCGAUAAUGGCUGUUUCUUUAGUAGAUUUAUCUAUGCAAGAUUGCACAUUAAACGAUACUAUGGACGCGUUGCAUUCAACAUUCCAGAAAUAUCCAGAUUUCGAUUAUCUUCGUACAGCAAAAACAUUAUUAGAUAAAUUAAAUCUACACCAAAUAUGGAAAGACGAAUUACUUUACUAUGCAAAAUUAUUACAAACAGAUCAUAAAACUUUAGAAGUAAAUAUAGAAAAAGGUUGUACUAAAUUAUUUUCAAAAUAUGACGAAGUUAUUGAUGAUAAUAUACCUUUAUCGUGUUCUUUAAUAACUAGUACGUAUUUUAAAAAGGAUGAGAAUCCAAAUCAUAGUAAAUCAAAUAAAGAGGAAUAUACAGAAAAACAAAUUAUUAAUGACAGAUUAGCUGCAACUUUAAGAAAACAUGCUACUUUACAUAAAGGUGAAGAUAAAGUACCAGAUACUAGAAAAACACGAAAAAGAAAACGUAAAGAAAUAACAGCAGAUGUUGGUGCUGUUAUAAAAAAUAAACCGAAAUUCUCAAAAAAGAAUAAAAGGGAACCUGAAAGUGAGGAAUGUGAUGCAAUGUUAAAUGCUGUUCCAAGUGUAAAUGAUAUUUUUAAUGAUUUAAAUAUAGAUAUGAAUAAUUAUGACACUGAUAUAAUAGAAACUCAAGAUAACAUUGAAAAUGAUCCUGAAAUUAUUGUUGAAAAAGAUAAAGGAGAUUUAAAAGCAAACAAAACCAACACAGAAAGUAAAUCUAGUUCUAAAACAUUGAAUUUCUUAAAACAAUUUCAAUAUGUUAAGAAAGAAGAUCCAAAUAAAUCUGAGGAUAAUGUUCAAGAUAAUGAAAUAGUUUUAUUAAGAAGUAUUAAGAAGGAAUCAAAUCAAACUAUAACAAGUUUAAAUAAACCUACUUCUAGUUCUCAAAUAUCUAUAUUUGAGACAGAUUGUGAUAUCGAUUUGGACUUAUGAAAUUAAUAUCCAGCUCUUCUUAAUAAUUGAAAAAAUAAGUACUGUAUUAAAAGAAGUAAAAUAUCCGGCUUGAAGGACUAUAU